GGCCAUCAACCGCGUAUCUUAAUAUGGGAAGUUCAAUCAAGAACACUUAUAAAUGAACUAAAAGGACACAAGUAUGGAGUACUAGCACUUCUUUUCUCACCGAAUAUGAAAUAUAUCGUAUCAUUGGGUUUUCAGCAUGAUGGAUAUUUAAAUGUGUGGAAUUGGAAAACGGGCGCAAAAGUCGCAUGUAAUAAAAUCACUACAAAAGUUCACACUUUGGCUUUCAGUCGUAACGGAUCGUUUUUCGUGACGGCUGGUCUAAGACACGUGAAAUUUUGGUAUUUUGAUCCAAAUGGUAAUCUACCAAAGAAACCAGCCGGUCAAUCCAUACAAAACUCUGCUCAAGUUUUGGAUGGACGUUCUGGUAUAUUGGGAGAUUUAAGAGAAAACAAUUUUGUUGAUGCAGUUUGUUGUCAAAAAUCAGACCACACAUAUUUUGUUACCUCCAAUGGAUUAUUAUGCAUGUUUACGGAGGCCAGGUUAAUGGAUAAAUGGGUUGAUUUGAAGGUCAAAGGCGCCUUGUCGAUUGCCGUUAGCGAACAAUAUAUUGUGUGUGCAUGUACAAACGGAAUUGUAAGGUUAUUUGAACCGGUAACGUUAAAGUAUAUAGGCACUUUACCGAAACCACAUCCACUAGGAGUUGAUUUAACUUUACAAACUGGAACCACAUAUAAUGGUUCUGGUGAUCCAAAUGAAAUAUAUCCUGAUACAGUUUCAGUUAAGUUGGACGCCGAAACCGGUAAACUCUCAUGUAUAUAUAGCGAUCAUAGUUUUUUCAUAUGGGAUAUCAAAGACAUAAAGAAGAUAGGAAAAUAUCGAAGUUUUCUUUACCAUUGUGAUACAAUAUGGGGUGUAGAGAUGAUUCCAAGUCGUAAUUCCACAGCCACUACUACUUCAUUUCCUGAAAAUACGUUCGUAACGUACUCUGCUGAUAGCACAAUUAGAUUUUGGAAUUUCGAUAAUAAUCCUAUUUCUGCCGGUGGAAAUGAACCUGGAUCUAGUAAUAUUAAAAGGAAUAUUUAUAGCAAAGAAUGUAUUAAGAUCGUUUAUGUUGAUCCCGACGGAACUUACAAAUCUGGUGCUGUUGUUGCCGCUAAAAAUGACGAGAAUGUUGAGGCUGGCAUUCGUACUUUGAGAAUUAGUCCAGAUGGUAAAUUCAUGGCAUCUGGAGAUCGAGGAGGAAAUUUAAGAGUGCAUGACCUUGACACCUUUAAAGAAAUAACUUAUCAAGAAGCACACGAUGCAGAAAUUUUAACUAUUGAAUUUACCAAUGGAAGUUUGCCUGAUUCGCCGUAUUUAAUUGCCACCGCGAGUCGAGACAGAAUAUUGCACGUUUUUGAUAUUAAAAAUAAUUUCCGAUUAAUACAAACAUUGGAUGAUCAUUCUUCUUCAAUAACCGCCAUAAAGUUUACUAAUGAUGGCGGAAGAUUGAUUAGUUGCGGUGCCGAUAAAAGUAUUAUAUUCAGAAGCCGACAAAAUAAUGGCGGGUUUCCUUGUUAUGUGACGUAUCAUAAUAUAUCAGGAAGAUCUACAGUGUUUGACAUGGAUAUUGAUAUAACAAACAAAUAUAUUUCUACUGUAUCUGGCGAACGUCGAUUAAAUGUGUUUCAUAUUGAUACAGGAAAGAAUGUUCGUUCUUAUAAAUCUGAUACACCCGAAGAAGUCAACGCUCAAGAAGGAAGUCUUAUUAAGAUUUCUUUGGAUCCUGGAGGUGUACAUGCAGUUACUGGUGGCUCUGACAAGAGUAUUAGACUCUUUGAUUUUUCAAAUGGUAAUAUAUUGGGUAAAGUGUUGGGACAUUCAGAAUUAAUUACAGGAGUUAAAUUUACACCAGAUUGUGAACGUGUAAUAUCAACAUCGGCAGAUGGAUGUAUUUUUGUAUGGAAAGUUUCUGAUGAAUUAGUAACUAAAAUG